UAUGAUACCAUCUCUGGUUGUUGCAUUUAGCGACAGGCGAUCAGAUCAGAGGAACGCCGGUAAUAACUGAACUAUCGUCGUCCUAGCUAGUUCUCAGGCGGACUGGGAGGGGUCGAAGUAGGCGGCGUGUCCUCCCGACGAGAUGUCAGCGGUUGAGAUGAAGACGGCGUGCGUGACCGGCGGGAACGGGUAUAUCGCUUCGGCGCUCAUCAAGAUGCUGCUUCAGAAGGGAUAUGCUGUCAACACGACGGUCAGAAACCCAGAUGACAUGAAGAAGACUUCCCAUCUCAAGGACUUGGAAGCACUAGGCCCCUUGGAGGUCUUCCGCGCUGACAUGGACGAAGAAGGCAGCUUCGACGAUGCCGUUGCCGGCUGCGAUUACGCCUUCCUCGUCGCCGCUCCGGUGAAUUUCCAGUCACAGAAUCCUGAGAAAGAGCUUAUUGAAGCCGGCGUCCAAGGAACCAUGAAUGUGAUGAGGUCGUGCGUGAGAGCCGGCACGGUGAAGCGCGUGAUCCUCACAUCGUCGGCGCCCGCCGUCUCCGGCAGGCCGCUGCAAGGCGACGGCCAUGUCCUGGACGAGGAUUCCUGGUCCGACGUCGAGUACCUGACGAAAGAGAAGCCACCAGCUUGGGCGUAUAGUGUCUCAAAGGUGCUCAUGGAGAAGGCAGCAUGCAAAUUAGCGGAGGAGAACAACAUCAGCCUCAUCACCGUGUUCCCGGUGUUCACUUUGGGUGCAGCGCCGACGCCGACGGCCGCAACAAGCGUCUCAGCUAUGCUCUCCUUGCUAUCUAGUGAUGAGACGCAGCUAAAAACCCUGAAAGGCCUGGCAGCAACCGGCCCCAUUCCGACAGUUCACGUGGACGACCUCUGCCGCGCCGAGGUAUUCGUCGCCGAGAAGGAGUCGGCGUCGGGGAGGUACAUCUGCAGCAGCCUCAGCACCACCGUCGUGGCAUUCGCCCGUUUCGUGGCAGGAAAGCACCCUCGGUACAACGUCAAAACUGACGGGUACGUACUUACGUACGAACUGGCCGGUGAUCGUCUCUUGUAUGCGUAUAUUGGCAGCUUCCAAGGGUUCCCUGAGAAGCCGAGAGUGUGCUAUUCGUCGGAGAAGCUGGUGAGGGAAGGGUUCGAGUUCAAGUGGACGGAUCUGGACGAGGUAUUUGACGACCUCAUCGAGUAUGGCAAGGUCCUGGGGAUUCUACCGCAAUGAACCGCUGAUGAUGCUCCUUCACUUUGGAGUUUGGACUGGUCACUCUUGUGUGAAAUGAAGUCAUUGUCGUGGUGUGUUAGUACUUGUCACGACACACGGUAUGGCAAGAUACGAUAAGUACUUCUAUUGUUAUGGGCUCUACUACAAAUAAGGAAGCGAUGGAUCGGCCGCACAAAUUAGGCCCAUCA